GGUAUAAAUGCAGUUCUUAGAGGAAGCAGUAGACUAGAAGGACCUGGCAGAGACAGAGAGACAAGAAGCUUUCACAGGUUUUCACACACAUCUCAAGAUAGCACUGUGGGAAACACUGACCUGACAGAAUGUUCUUAAUCCUGGUUGUCACAGUGUUCUUGGCUGGCUGCUUGGCAUUGCCCAUCAAAGACCCGUACUCGUAUUCCUCUGCGGUGGGUCAGGGAGGUGGCACCCCAUUUGCUUCCUACGGUGAGGGGCGCAUCACGGGAGUCAGAGUGUGGGAGACCAACAACUACUACUACUACUACUACUACUACUACUACUACUACAACUACAACAGCAACAACUACAUCAGCGGGUUCCAGCUGAGAUACGGCAACACCUGGUCUCCUGUGUUCGGUAACGAAGGGAGUGUAAAGCAGGAGAUGGAGCUGUUUAAUGAUGAGGCCAUCGUCGAGGUGUCUGGGAAGUACAACCCAGCAGACUACAUCUGCUACCUGGUGUUAACCACUAACAUGGGGCGCACUCUGUCAGCCGGCCUGCCCAACCAGGUCUCCUUCAACUUCUACCCAACCAACAUGGACAAUGAGCUGAGGAUCCUCAGCGGUCGCUUCAACGGUGCCGGGAUCACCUCCAUCGGAGCCCACUGGGGAUUGGUGGACAUGGAAGGGGCUGGAAACAGUACUCAGGAAACAGCACUGGAAACAGUAACUCCUAUUUAUUAGGGGGGAAAAAAGCAUGUCUUGCUCUUUGGGACGGUAUCCCGGAUACAGAUUAAGCCUAGUCCUGGACUAGUUACUUUCAAUGGAGAUUCUCCAUUCUACAUGCUUUUUAGUCCAGGAGUAAACUUAAUCUGGGUCCAGGAAACUGACCCUAUAUGUUGGAUGGAUGUUUGACAUAGAUGCUGACAGAACAGUUUUUUAUUUCACUUUUAUUUCACUGAAUGAAUUUGAAUGUUUUGAAUACUUUGGAAGUAUUUUUGAGGUGAUUCCUCACUUGAAGCAGUAAUAAAAUAUUUCUUAACAUUCAAAUUCAUUCAGUUCAAAUUCUCAUGAAGCAUCCAUUAGAUAGGAAUAUUCAAACAGUCCUGUCAGCUUGGGUCAACAUGCAUUGUUAUCACAUUUUAUCACUAUAAAGGAAAGAAUCAUAUGGCAUUUAAAGGAUUAAUUAUGUCUUUGAUUAAUGGAACAGUCAAAUAUUAUGGGGAGAUAAUAGCGUUUCAGGGUGUUUCUCCUUCACUAUUUUAUACACGCUGCAUUUUUUAUUUGUUGUUCCUUUUCUGCUACAUCUGCUUAUGGACAUUUUAAUAAAAAGCAUAUCUUUAA